GCGGCGCCGGCCCCGCCCCGCGCGCGGAGCCGCCAUUGCGGGUUGUUUGUGCGGGCGCGCAGCGAGCGCGGGCGGGAGGCGGCGCCGCGGCUCCGCCAUGUCCACCCCGGCGCGCCGCCGCCUGAUGCGCGACUUCAAGAGAUUGCAAGAAGAUCCUCCUGUGGGUGUCAGUGGUGCACCAUCUGAGAAUAAUAUAAUGCAAUGGAAUGCAGUUAUAUUUGGGCCUGAAGGGACACCUUUUGAAGAUGGUACUUUUAAGCUAGUAAUAGAAUUUUCCGAAGAAUAUCCAAAUAAACCUCCAACUGUUAGGUUUUUAUCAAAAAUGUUUCAUCCAAACGUGUAUGCAGAUGGCAGCAUAUGUUUAGAUAUUCUUCAGAAUCGCUGGAGUCCAACAUAUGAUGUUUCAUCUAUUUUAACUUCAAUUCAGUCUCUGCUUGAUGAACCCAAUCCAAACAGUCCUGCAAACAGUCAGGCAGCACAACUUUACCAAGAGAACAAACGUGAAUAUGAGAAAAGAGUUUCAGCUAUUGUCGAACAAAGUUGGAAUGAUUCGUAACAGCUGCUGUGUUAUUCUCCAUCCUCAUAAUCAUUAUGUACAAUUUAACUCUCAAUAGAAAGGCUACCAGAAAUUUCAAGUGCCACAGUUCUAUGAAUUUGCAUAAAAACUCAUUGGCAAACAAAAUUAAGCCCUCCAGUUUAGGGAAAGCUAAAAGCUUGUGUAUCUCAAUUAACGUCCUUUUUAUUGCAUGGUAAGAACUAAGUUAUUGCUACAUAAAUUUGUAAUAUAUCCUGUUUGUAUUUUUUUCCAAGUGUAUAAUGUUGGUGUGGAGUUUUCAUGACAGAAUAUACACGUUUUGUAAAUCUGUACUUUUUCAGAUAUUGAAUGCCUUAUUUUUGAAUUCUUUAGAUUUUUAAAUUGGAGAAAAGCACUUAAAAAGUUUUUAUAUAUGAAUAUUUCAUGUAAAACUGUUAAAUACAUAACCUUAGUGCAAGA